ACUACCAGCACAUCUCCAACCCACCAGAGGAUGCAGAGCAGCCGGCCCCAGCCCCCACAGGGCAUCAUUCCAGACAAAUCUUUAUCAACUCCACCCAGCAGCACAAGUUUUGCCACAACAAGAUCAGCACUGCCAAGUACAAUGUGUUCACAUUCCUGCCCAAGUUCCUGUUUGAGCAGUUCAGGAAAUAUGCCAAUAUUUUCUUCUUGUUCAUUGCCCUCAUGCAACAAAUCCCUCACGUGUCACCGACGGGACGUUAUACAACAGCUGUACCACUUAUGCUCAUCCUCACUGUAUCUGCCAUCAAAGAAAUUGUUGAGGACAUCAAAAGGCACACAGCAGAUGGUAAAGUGAAUCGCAGGAAAGUGCAAGUCCACCGAGAUGGCCGCUGGAUGGAGAUCAUGUGGCAAGAGGUGGUGGUGGGAGACAUUGUCAAGAUCAAUGAUGGGGACCACUUCCCUGCCGACCUCAUUCUGCUCUCUUCCAGUGAGCCACAAGCCAUGUGCUACAUUGAGACGUCAAAUCUGGAUGGAGAAACAAACCUAAAGUUGCGACAGGGGUUGAACAUUACAUCCCACAUAGUGACUGGAGAGGCUCUCAGUGACGUCAGAGGAGUGCUAGAGUGUGAGCAGCCAAACAGAUUUCUCUAUGAGUUUGUCGGCAACAUCAGAUUGUGUGGCAAAAAGGCUGUGCCUUUAGGCCCAGACCAAAUAUUGUUGCGAGGGGCUUGUUUGAAAAACACAGAUUGGAUUUAUGGCAUGGCCAUCUACACCGGCCACCAGUCCAAACUGAUGCUCAAUUCUUAUUCCACUCCUCUCAAACGGUCAAAUGUCGAGAAAAUGACCAAUACACAGAUCUUGCUGUUGUUCAUUGUGCUGGUGGUGCUCUCGCUGAUCUGUGCCGUUGCCAACCACAUCUGGGUGCAACGCAAUGACCAGAAACACUGGUACCUCUUCUAUGAAGACUUGGCGCGGUCCAACUUCCUGUACAACCUGCUCACCUUCAUUAUCUUGUACAACAACCUGAUCCCCAUCAGUCUGCAAGUCACACUGGAGAUGGUCAAGUUCCUGCAGGCUAUUUUUAUAAACUGGGAUAAGGAUAUGUACUAUGAGCCCACAAAGACCAAUGCCAACGCCCGGACGUCUAACCUUAAUGAAGAGUUGGGACAGAUCAAGUUCCUCUUCUCAGACAAGACCGGUACGCUGACUCAGAAUAUCAUGAGGUUCAGCAAGUGUUCUAUCGCAGGCAUUGUGUAUGGAGAUAAUGAGGACGGCAACGACGCUUUUGAUGGCAAGAGUGUUGUUGAUAAUAUUGUAGCAAACCAUGAAACCGAACCAGUGAUCUCAGAAUUUGUCAAGCUGCUGGCGGUGUGUCACACGGUGGUUCCCCAGGUCAACCAGACCACCAACGAGAUACACUACCUCGCCUCCUCUCCAGAUGAGGCAGCUCUGGUGAAGGCAGCCAAGGAGAUGAAGCAUGUAUUCACGACAAGAACACCAGACUCUGUUAUAGUGGAUGUGAUGGGGAAGCCAGAGAAAUUCCAGGUGCUAAAUGUGUUGGAAUUCACCAGCAAAAGGAAAAGAAUGUCUGUUGUAGUGAAGACAGAAGAUGGCAAAAUCAAACUGUAUUGCAAGGGAGCUGACAAUGUUAUCUACGAGCGUCUGGGUGACAACAAGAAGUACACAGACGAGACCCUGGAACAUCUGGAGCAGUUUGCUGCCAUAGGUUUGCGAACACUGUGUAUUGCGAUGGUGGAGAUAGAGCCAGAGGUCUAUGAAGACUGGGCAAACACAUUCUACAAAGCUAGCACAGCCAUACAGAACAGGGAGCAGAAGCUGGAGGAGGCAGCUGAGCUGAUCGAGAGGAAUCUGGUACUUUUGGGCGCUACAGCCAUUGAGGAUAAACUACAAGACGGUGUUCCUGAGACCAUUGACACGCUGGCCAAAGCUGACAUCAAGAUCUGGGUCCUCACUGGGGACAAACAGGAGACAGCCAUAAACAUUGGAUAUUCCUGCAAACUUCUGAACCAAGGCAUGGACUUGAUUGUAGUAAAUGAAGAAUCUCUUGAUGCUACUCGAGAUGCUUUGGUCCGGCACAAGGCGGAGUUUGGAGAAUUACUGGGGAAAGAGAACCUUGUUGGCUUCAUCAUUGAUGGACAGAGUUUGAAAUAUGCCCUGAGCUGUGACUGCCGACAAGACUUUCUAGACAUUGCGCUCAGCUGCAGGGCUGUUAUAUGCUGCAGGGUGUCGCCUCUGCAAAAGGCGGAGCUGGUAGAGCUGGUAAAGAACUCGCAGAAGGCCAUUACCCUGGCCAUUGGGGACGGGGCCAAUGACGUGGGCAUGAUACAGGCGGCUCACGUGGGCGUGGGGAUUAGUGGUGAAGAAGGCAUGCAGGCUGCCUGUGCCUCAGACUACUCUAUAGCUCAGUUUCGCUACUUACAAAAGCUGCUGCUGGUACAUGGUGCCUGGAGCUACAGCCGUGUCUGCAAGCUCAUUCUGUACAGUUUCUACAAGAACAUUUGUCUAUACCUCAUUCAGUUUUGGUUUACAGUAGAAAAUGGAUUUUCAGGCCAAGCCCUGUUUGAGAAGUGGACUCUGGGAUUGUACAAUGUGAUCUUUACAGCAGCGCCCCCUCUUGCCAUGGGUCUGUUUGACCGCUACUGUUCAGCUGAGACAAUGAUGAAUAACCCGGUCUUGUAUAAAGACUCGCAGAACGGCAGACUCUUCAAUGUUUUGGUGUUCUGGAUAUGGAUCGGUAAUGCCAUUUUCCACUCCAUCAUUUUGUUCUGGAUGACAGUGGCCACUUUGAGUCAAGAUGUCGCCUUUUCAGAUGGUAAAGUAGGGGAUUACCUGUUCAUGGGGAACUUUGUGUAUACGUAUGUGGUUGUGACUGUGUGCCUCAAGGCAGGACUGGAGACAGUGGCCUGGACAUGGCUGACCCACCUGGCUAUAUGGGGGAGCAUUGUAUGUUGGUUUGUGUUCCUGGUGGUCUACAGUCACGUGUUCUCUAUUGUCGGCCUCGCAGCUGAGAUGGUGGGAAUGGACCAGUAUGUGCUGGGCUGCUCCCUCUUCUGGCUGGGCCUCAUCAUCAUUCCAUUCACUGCCUUGCUCAGAGACUUUGUCUGGAAAAUCUUGCGGAGAGAAUUCUUCAAGACACACCGCCAGUCAGUGCAAGAAAUGGAGCUUGCUCAUCGAGAAAUAAAGAUAGAGUCUGCGUUCAAGAAACGUUUAAGACCAAUUUCCGAACGCGCUCGUCUGCUCAGCCGCAAUUUGAUCAGCCUGGGGGAUCGCAUCGUGAGCCGGCGCUCCGGAACCUCCCAAGUACAACAGACUACCUCUGUAGCACAUGGAUUUGCUUUCUCCCAAGAAGAACAUGGUGUAGUCAACCAGGCGGAGUAUAUCCGAGCCUACGACACACGAAGAGAAAAGCCAGAAGGAUACUGAGCUGUCCGUGUGGGUGACGGCCACAGGAUGUGGAUGUGCCAACGUCCGGGUCAGCCGACGGAGUACAAGAGGAGGUGUUAUGACACUCACUGGCGGUGGGCUACUCCGAUAGCCUGCUGUGAUCUACCCAGCUGGGCCACCACCACCACCCCCACCGUCACCACCACCAAAGUCGGUCGGGGAUCAAAGGCCCCCUGGAGUUUUGCCUUCCCUCCUUUGGUUAGAAUUACUGUAAAAGAGGUCUCUCUCAUAAGUUUUGCGAUUUCGAAUUAACUGGGAGAAAGGCGUUUGAUGAGAAAGCCGUUUUCUUUAAGAGACUUGACUACUGAAAAUUUGGUGGUUAUAAAAUUAUUUUUUUCUCGAAAAUCAGAUUCAUGGAAAAGAAAACUUUUACCCUGUUAAAAAAAGAUAUGGAAGAAAAAUUGUUUUACGAUGUAUAGAGGUGUUAUUUGUGACAAAAUGAGAGUAUAUAUCUAUAAAUCUAUUAUCUGUACACUUUCAUUAUUGCCUCUGGGCUGGACUCUGUGUUGCCCUAUCUUCCACUGUGCUUCUCUUGGACUUGGACUUUGUGCAAUUUUCUAUUUUCACCAUGUUUUCUAAGUGACGCCUUUCUCAAAUUCUCAUAGAAAGGUGUUCUGGCCUACUGGAAUAAAACCUCAUGCCUAUCUUUUUUUCUUUUUUUCCUUUAAAUUCUGCUCUAGUCUUUGUACAUCCCUGGUUACUUUUAUCUUUUUCUUCGAACUGCUCCCCCACAUUUCCUUGUGCAAUCUUUUUCAUUCCUGUAAUGUGACACAGCUUCUGACUUCCCAUCACCCUCUUCCGUUGAAGUGAGGUAAAGAAAAGAGAGAGAUUGGAGUACGGAUGGAUUAUUUAUCUCUAAUCAGAAUGUAUGGUUGCCACUCUCCUGGGAUAUGCCAUGUUCCAGACUUUUUUUUUUUUUGGAUGGAUUAAUGGGUUGUAUUUGUAUCUCAGAUUGUGGAUGUGUGAUGUAAAUACGUUUGCAGUCCAAUAGUUUGGGGAAAUACGACAGCAUUUAUAUGGCACCCUUAAGUCUGUCUAUAUCUUGUGAGUUGUGCCUGUCUUUGCCUCCUUAAUCAUGGCAAGGCUGUGGAUUGUUGUAUCAGUGAGUGUGAUCUGUGUUCAUGGAUGUUGGAUGCUGAACCCUUGUUUGUAUGGGUUUGGUUUUAUUUAAUUAUACGGGUGGCUGGUGGGCGCCAUAAUGCAGUCUGCUUUUACUUUUUCUUGUCUCAAUUACUUACGCUCCUAUUCAGUUCCUGGUGGGGUGUCGCAGUUACCUUGCAAACUCACAGUAAAACACUUAACUCAUUCUUAUACGUUUCUUGUUCCUGUGUGGUGGGCAGUACCUAGCCCUUGGGGGCUUUUGCUCUGAACAAAAUUGGUUUAUUUAUACAAACUUCUGUCCUCUUGGAUGAAGAUAUCCUGUGUUGGUUAUAAGAUGUGUCUUGUCAUGUUUCUGAAGUGAUGAUUUACCACCCAGAGGAAUGGAAAUAUUGAGUCCAGAAGUAGAAGAUUGUGAAAUAAGGUUUUAUCGAAAUUUCUGUUUGUUUGAGUGGGCCUCUGUUAAAUGUAUGCUUCAUAAUUCCUGUUAUCUGCCCGGUUUUGGGGGGGUUCAGUCAUAGACUCUGAUAGCUUAGUGAUUCAGUGUUGGCCAGAGAGAUAGAAGGUCAUAUUAGUGAAAAGAAAUUCGUGUCAGUCAUCGCAAUUUUCACACGAAAA